AUGUGUUAUAUCCCGGCUGAGGUGUAUUGUGUAUGUAGGCGUAUAUAUAUGUGUGUAUGUAUGUAUAUACGUAAAACGUUAGAUCCACCAACAAAUACUCGCACGCACUCGCAAUAACGGCUUGGAGCUUGGGAAUCUCUCACUCCAUCUUCCCCAAAAUCACUCUGAUCGCGGGAAUCUGAUGCGUUUCUUCAUUUUAUGUUGCAAUUUCCUAGGGUUUUUUAUCAUGCCAUGCUCUGAUUGAAGCUCACCAGGAGAGAUCUGCGGGUGAAGUUCGUUGUUGUUUUGCUUUUUUAGGAUAUGGAUCUGAAGGAAAAUAAGAAAGCGGAUUUCGAGGGCAAAAAUAGCAGUAGUUCUUCACCGAAGAGUUGCAGUGACUGUCACACUACGAGAACUCCUCUCUGGAGAGGCGGUCCUGCUGGACCGAAGUCAUUGUGUAAUGCCUGCGGAAUCAAAUACAACAAGAAGCGGCGGCAACUUCUCGGACUGGAAACUGGAAGAACAAACAAAAAGCAGAAAAGCAAAAGCGUGAAUCGCUCCAGCAGCAGCAGCAGCGAAGUAAGAGAGAUUUUGAAAAUGCGAAUCAUGGCCUUGGGCAGCAACAUGGUGCUCUCCGGUAAACUGAUGAGCAAGUUGCGAGAGGAAGAGCGUGCGGCGGUAGUGUUGAUGGCUCUGUCCUGCGGAUCUGUCUAUGCUUAGUAGACUGGUACGUCUCGCAGAUCCAGUUGUACCUAGAGAAUCAGAUGGAGAUUUCCUCCCCCCCUCACCCCCUAAAACAAAAAAAAUAUCAAAAAAUUCUCUAACCAAAUGUGUUAUGUUAAUUAGUUGAGGAGACAAAUUAAUUUUCUGGUGACGGAUUAAGGAUAGGGCUGAUGCUGUAAUGGCUAACAGUGAUGUUUUGUAGUAGGGAUUAAUUUCUUAAA